GGGCAAAUGCAGCUACAAAUCUGACCAGUAAAAACCUGUGUGGAGUUAGAAGUCAACUGACCAUUUCUGCUGCAGCCGACAUCAGCUGCUACUGGGAUAACAGAACUGAACGGUCAAAGAUCCAGCUGCGUUGUGGGUAAUGUAGGAAGCAGAUCAUAAACAGGAAGAAGAAGGGAUGUAGUAAUAAUAGCAGAUUGGCUGUCUGUCAGUGAAAACUUGUCUGUAGUUGUGAGUUUGAUCCCUGCAGUCCAUCUGUGGAUGACCUAAAUUCACCACAGAACAGCUGAGAGUUAUGUUCAUGUUUAUGACAGUCUUGUGCCUUACUUUCAUUUUGGAUAAUGAUUUUUUUUUUGUUUCUCGAUAUGUUUGUCUUUGUAACUCAACCUCAUGCAUGAGAAGCUAUAUGAAGCUGAUUGUUUUUUUUCAGGACCCAGACCGCAGAAUCUGAAUUAGGGCUGUCCUCAUGGUUUAUUUGACCUCAAGCCAGCAGAGUUUCAGUAUCAGUGGUGGCCGACUGUCCAGCUCUUGAAAUUUCAGACUCUUUCAGCUUUUAUUCAAACUGUAGGUCUACUGCUGCAGCUGCAUCUCGAAAGCAAAACCAGACUAUUUCUACAGAAACUGAGGGAGAACUACAUCCUGAUUGGAUCAUUUCAUAGAUCCAACAUGGCUGUCUCUGAGCAGAAUCUGGAUGACUACAGUGUUUACAGUCAACUUUCUGAUGAGGAGCUGCUACAGAUUGCUGUCGAGAGAAGCCUCAUCGACAAACACUCUCAACCAGGCCAUGAUCAGACCUCAUCUCCAUCAUUUGCACCUCCCGCUCCGGAAGAUGCAACACAAACAAACCCAGACCCCAGCCGAAGAUAUCCUGAUCCAUCCAGACGACGGAACCAGGUCCCUCCAUCUCAACCUCCGAAUCGACCACCACCAGCUGUCCAAAACAGUGCAAACCCCCCCACAGCCAUGUCGCGGUUUCUCUACCAGGCCUUCAAGAGAGAGUGGAGUCCUAUACAGACAGUAAUUAUUAAUGGGGACGCUGAAGCUCUGAUGGAUUUGGUCAGACGAAAGUCCAGCAGCCUGACGGAGCCGAGCGAUGAGGGCUGGAUCGCUCUUCAUGAAGCUGCAUAUUACGGACAGCUGCAGUGUCUCAGGAUCCUCGUCAGAGCUCAACCUGAGUUCGUGAAUAAAUAUAGUUCAAGCAAUCAGACUGCCCUGCUGCUGGCUGCAGAUCGAAGACACUUUUCCUGUGUUGAAUUUCUCCUGAAUCAUGGAGCCAACCCAAACAUUGCAAACAAGUACCAAGAAACGCCCCUGUUCGCAGCCUGUGAGCAUCCAAACGAAGCCAUCGUGGAGCUGCUGCUGAGGUCUGGAGCUAAGGUGAACUGUGCCAGCACCCAGGGAGGAACUGCUCUUCACGAAGCCUGCAGACAUGGAGAGGUGAAAAUCUGCAGGAUGUUGCUGGACGCCAAAGCUGAUCUGAAGACUAAAAACAUCUUCAGCAUUCAACCGUUCUUCACCGCCGCACAGCAUGGACACCCAGAUGUCCUCCGCCUGCUUGCAAGGAGAGGUGCUGAUAUAAACGCGCAGGCUGGAGAUGGAGCCUCACCGCUGUAUGAAGCCUGUAAGAAUGGCCACGUUUCCGCUGUAGAGGCGCUGCUCUCUCUGAAAGUUGAUACCAACCGAGCUACAAAGGCUGGGCUGCUGCCUCUUCAUGUGGCUGUUCAGAACAAUCACAUACGAAUCGUGUCGAUGCUGAUCCCGGUCACCAGCAGGAGGGCAAUAAAGUGCAGUGGCAUCAGUCCUUUGCACAUUGCUGCAGAGAAGAACAGGGAUGAGAUCAUGGAGCUCCUGAUAGAGAAUGGCUUUGACGUCAACACUGAGCUGUCAGAGGAAUGCUCCAGGAUGUACGAGGACCGGCGAACCACAGCACUCUACUUCUCUGUCUACAACGGGAACCUGGAGGCCGCUGAGAUGCUGCUGGAGGCCGGAGCUAACCCCAACAUCGACACCUUCAAUCCACUGCUCAUUGCUGUCCGACUGGGCUGGAUGGACAUGGCAGAGCUGCUGCUAAGGUACGGCGCCAACGCCAAUGCUGAGAUCUCUACACAGCCAUCCACGUUCCCAUCAGCCAUCCUGCUGAACAUGGAGUGUCUGCCUAUGCUCAAACUUCUGCUGGACAAUGGCUGCAAUGCUCGGCCCUGCUUCGACUGUCCGUACGGCCAGAAGACACACCCACCCAUCCCACCAUCACGGCGUCCUGCUGAAGAAUUGCAGUUUAGGGAAAAUUCGGCACCACAGCACUGCAUUCAGUUCUGCGAGGCCAUCUCCAUGAAAUCUUUCCACCGGAUAUCUGGUCCGAUCAUCUCGACGCUGCUGGACUACGUCAGUCACGUCCGGCUCUGUUCUCGGCUGCUUGAAGUUCUGGAGAGUUGCAGUGAUGGGGUGCCAAUCAAGCUAAAAGCCCUUCCUCCUCAUCCACUGAUGCAGCUCUGCAGGCUGAAGAUCCGACACCUGGUCGGAGUCCAGCAACUCAAACUGCUCCACACUCUGCCACUUCCUGCCAGACUCAUCCGCUUCCUGAACUACGAUGUGCAGUGUUCACUCGCCUGAAGUCACCUGUUGCUCCUCAGUAGACCUGCCUGAUGAAAUACUGCACUGGUAUUUACAAAUGUUGCAGAGAUCUGACAAACAUCCUUCAUUUGCCUUUUCUAUUGAUUGAAUUUAAACUGGUGAUUCUGUUAAAGUGUCAUGGUCACUGCAAGAUGAUCAAGAGCGUGUUCACCUUUGAUCUGUGUAAAAAGUUUUACAUAAUAAAAAAGAGUUUAUUUAAG